AUGAGACAAUUAAAGCAUAGAAAUCAUGUCGAACACAUAAAUAAAGUGGAACAAUCAUGGAAACAUUCCAACGGCUGUAAACUGUUCAAGAACAUUGAAGACACGAUAAAGCGACGUGGUGUUGUUCGUUGUCAUGUUAAUGAUGUUUCCAUUUUGAUUUCCCGUCAAAUCAAAGAACUUCUUUCUCGUCAACGUUGCACAAUUUCUGCUGAGUGA